AAAAUGUGCCCCUAACCAGUAUGUGGUGCUAUAGAGUUCCACAAACACCUUCCAGUACUGAGGAAGGGAAAUGCUGCGGGAAUUUAGACUACACAUCCAGUGACAAACAAACAAAAAACGAUGGCUGCCUGAGACUUUGCGUAAUGUACUUCAGAACCAGGACAGAGAAACUGCUAGAAUCCAUUGCUAAUGUUGAUGACAAGCCCCAGGAUGACAACUUCACAUGAAAAGCAAUUUCCCCCAUCGCUGUUGAGCUUUUUCAUUUACAAUCCAAAGUUUGGACCAAGAGAAGGUGAGGAAGAAAAGAAGAUCCUGUUUUACCAUCCCAGUGAGGUUGAUAAGAAUGAAAAGAUUAGGAAUGUUGGACUGUGUGAGGCAAUCGUGCAGUUUACACGGACUUUCUGUCCCACCAAGCCUGCAAAGUCUUUGCAUACACAGAAGAACAGACAGUUUUUUCAUGAAGCAGAGGAGAAUUUCUGGAUGGUUAUGGUGGUGUCAAAUCCUAUGAUUGAAAAGAUGAACAAGGAUGGAACUCGUGUUCUGGAAUACCAGGAGGAUGAGUUAUUGGACACGGUGUAUGGAGCAGUGAUCCAGCAGUGCUACUGUAUGUACAAGCUCUUCAAUGGCACCUUCGCAAAAUCCAUGGAGGCUGGAGGCAUUGACCAUCUGCAACAGAGAAUCCAGAAGUUUUUCUACAGGUACUUGCAAACGUUGCACUUACAUUCAUGUGACCUGCUGGACGUGUUUGGCGGAAUCAGUUUCUUCCCUCUGGAUAAGAUGACCUACCUGAAGAUUCAGUCAUUUGUCAACAGAAUGGAGGAAAGCCUAGAUCUCGUUAAGUACACAGCAUUUCUGUACAACGAUCAACUCAUCUGGAGUGGGUUGGAGCAGGACGAUAUGCGAAUCCUGUACAAGUAUCUCACAACAUCACUGUUCCCAAGGCAACUGGAGCCUGAGCUAAUUGGUCGUGAAUCCCCAGGACGAGGUGGAAUAACUGUGAGUCUCAACCAUUAUGGCAGGUUUCUCACUGGCCCGUACGACAUCAACAAUCCCGAACUUGCAGUUCGGUUUCCCAAGAUCUUUGUGAAUACUGACAGUGCCUAUGAAGAAUUGCACUUGAUUGUCUACAAGGCUAUGAGUGCAGUGGUUUGUUUUCUGAUUAAUGCCUCAGUGGAGCUGACUCGAGAAUUUUGCCAGAAGCUGGACAACCUUGUGGGACCUCAGCUCACACUUCUAGCUUCAGACAUCUGUGAACAGUUCAAUACAAACAAGAGGCUGGCAGCACCUGAAAAGGAACCCCACUUCAAAUUUAUUUAUUUCAAUCACAUGAACCUGGCUGAGAAAACAACCAUCCACAUGCGUAAAACAGCCAGCAUGUCCCUGACAUCGGUCCAUCCUGACCUAAUGAAAAUCCUGGGGGACAUUAACAGUGAUUUCUCAAGAGCUGACGAGGAUGAAGAGAUCAUUGUGAAGGCGAUGACAGACUAUUGGGUUGUUGGCAAAAAAUCUGACCAGCGGGAACUUUAUGUAAUCUUGAAUCAGAAGAACGCAAAUCUGAUCGAAGUUAAUGAGGAAGUUAAGAAACUCUGCACAAUGCAGUUUAACAACAUCUUCUUCUUAGAUUAACCAUCAAGCUCACCGCCCAUUGUGGUUUCGGGUGUGGCACAGACAUGUGGGUGAGCAUUGGUGACCCUGCCAGCACAGGAAGUAACCGUACGAUGCCGUAUGCAGCAAGUAACUCAUGCUCCACUCUGCCAAUGGCUAGUCCAGCAUCCUCACUGAUGCUGCUUGUCCUCAAAAGGCAAAGCCCCACCUCAACUCACAGAGAGCAGUCACUGUUAUAGGAAAGUUCCAUGGAAUGUAAGAUAAUUAGAUUUUAAAUAUUUAUGAUAACUGAAUUAAAAGGAUGUCAACUUUAUCAUUCCAGUCUGUAAUAUAUGGCAAGCCUGUAUUGUAAAAAAAAAAUAAAUUAACAGUAACAUUUGAGUGAGAUUUUAACUUCUUUCCAAUUGUGUCUGUGUAUUUUUGCUUUAUUUAUAUAUUAACCCUCAGUUAGGAGGGUUGAUCAUUGGAUAUUUUGUAGAAAAUUAUAUUCUCUAAUGUAAGGCAAAUGAUCUUCCUAUAUAAUAUGGGCCUUUUUUACACUUUAAAAUUGUGGGUUUAUGCCUGAAGUAAAAGCUGUAUUUAUGAAGGAGUGUUCUGGCUCAGCAAUACGAAAUGUGGGUUAUUGUCAUAAAGGUUAGAAUACAGCUAUGUACUGUGUAACUUGGCCUUCGAGUAAGACUACAUACUCUGUAAUAUUUGCGGACAUGAACGCUUGGAGCAAAGUGUAAUUAUAAUUUGAAGAAUUCAUUUAUUUUUUAAGAAAAUCGAGUUAAGUAAUGAAACUGUCACUUGGACAUAGAUCCUACAUUUGUAGUUAUACCUUUUAUUAAAGAAAUUGUUUCAGAAACUAGACGCAGGAAAUAUUUGCAUUAUGUAAACAUUUUGUACAUGGAAUGGACAGCUAACCUAACACAAUGGAGCCUCUUUUAAGAUAAUGGAAAAGGAAUGAUCCAUUGUCACAUAUCGAUGGCUUCUCUUGUGUUGGUCUUAGUGGUGCCCAGUUAAGUCACGCUCGUAGGAUUUUGCCUCCCCUUCCUCAGCGCUAGUUACAAAUUUACAUAACCUCCUAGUCCUAAUUGCAAUACCUUAUCUUCAAAAUGCGGUCUAAUCCUCAAAUGUUACCUCUUUAGAUGUCUGAUCUUGUAUGUUGCAUGCUGUAAAUUCUCAAUUUUUUGUUAGAAAAAAAGUUAGCACAACUUUUGUACCUCAAACUUACAUUUUUCACAUCAGACAAGUACAGGCGUAUACCCGGCUGUAUUUUAGUGUUCAAGAAUUCUGCCACCUCGUUUUUCCUGCUACUUCAACUUAAAACAAAACGGGUUUUCUGAGAAAAGGUGCUGAUCUAUCCAUGUAAUUAUGCAUAUUUUUUAAAAAAUAAAAUAAAAUCUAUCUGCUCUAA